ACAUGACCCUCCAGGGGUUAUCAGAAUGAAGAUAUAAUAUUAAAAUCUUAAUAAAUUGAAGGAUCACGCACAGGCAAUGUCAAUACGUUUGUGGAAGUACAGUGGUGCACAUGUUGUAAUAUUGUGUUCGAUUGAAAGCUCUGACAAUGAGGCGUCUUAUAUUUUUCGCCGCUUUAUGUGCAUUGGUGUGGGCCAGGCCUGAAACGUAUAAAGAGACUGAAGACUUUCAAUAUUCAAGAAGUUCGUCGGAUGAGGGUCACAAAGCUGGAUACUAUGGCGCUCAGAGAGGAAAUAUGGGUGGCAAUUACGAAAAGGCCCACAACAUGGAUUCCUUAGCACAACAUCACAUGAGUUCUGCCGUACGACAGGUUGAAGGUGAACUAGGUGAUGGUGCCAAUACAAAAACAGGCAGUGUUUAUACAGCGGCUAACUCCAGAGGCAUCUUUGGAUCCGGUAAUUAUGAUUUAAGCAACCUUAAAGGAAGAAAUUUUGAUGAAGCACAAAAUUCUUUCGACAGUCAAGCUCAGUCGUCGCUGAGGUCACACAAAGGAGCUUACACAGGACAGCUACUAAAAUACUCAGGUACUAAAAAUGCCGGAUAUACAAGUGGAUUUUCUAAUUCCCAUGGACAAAGUUAUGGCUAUCAGUCAGCUGCACAUUCAGAACAAUACUCUGAAAACCAAAGUGCUCACACAGAAAGUACCUUGAGUGCAGAUAAUCAAUAUAUAUACGGAGGAAGUUCAGGGGUAGGUCGCGAACACCAAUACGGCUAUGAUUCGUCGAACCUUCGUACUGAAUAUGACUCAAGUGGUAAAAGGCUAAGUGGAACUCCAUACAAGGUAUACAUGAGACCCGGUACUAUAGUCACGAUACCUGUAUCGGCUAAAACUUACGAUGCGUCUCAUAUCGACACAGCUUACGACCGCAAUAGCCAUUCUGAAGCUGAAAUACUUAACGGAAGAGAUCAAACAAUUUAUGUACCAGUUGGCAAACCAAAACAUUAUGAAUCUUCAUACAAAUAUAAAAAGGAAUGGGAAAGGCACGAUACACAGCCCGUGACUAUUAUUCCAACCGAAAAUCCGUUCCCAAAAAAUAGCGAGCUUUAUGAUGACUCAUUGCUAUUACACAAUGCAAAAGGUCAAUUUAACACAGUUGGUUCUAAUCAUGCCUACUCCGGUAAUGUUAACAGUGCUCAAUCAAGCAGUUUCAGAUCUGAUACAAAGUCUUCCUCAAAUAACAGAUCUAAAUAUGGGUAUGGCUUUAACUCUCAAGCACUGAAUACGAAUAGAGAUGCACAAUUAGAUGCCUACACUUUAGGUUCCCAAGCCUCUGGAUCAGAUUUAGAAGCAAACAGCCUUGUAGAAAAUAUAAAUUCGAAACCAAAAAGUUACCAAUCCUCUUAUUCAUACCAUAAGGCAUGGGAAAGGCAGGGAGAUCCUUAUGUUAUUAAACCCGUAGGAGGCAGUUAUAAUGAUGAGAGUUCUCGGUUAGUUGACACAUCAGCAUUAAAAACUGGCCACUCAUCACAUCAAUAUGGUUCACAAUAUAAACAAGCACAUCAUAGCUAUUACAAAGAUGGUGUUGAACAUGAUUGUGAUGAACAUGGUAAUAUUCGUGUUGCAAGAUCCUACAACCCAGAUGAUUAUUAUCAAAAUUUUGGAAAAGAAACACAAAGCAUGAAUUUAGAAGAUUUUAACCAGCAUGCACAAAAUUUGGAACAUGAAGGACAACAAAAAUGGGAUAACUAUGAAGAUUUGGGGCAACAAACUCAGAAUAGUUGGAGAGAUUCCCAACAUCUAGAUCAGCAAAUGCAGGAUUUUAGCCAGCAGACACAAAAUCUGGAACAAGGAUUACAUGGAAAAUGGGAAAAAUAUGAAGAUUUGGGGCAACAGACACAAAAUAAGUGGGAUAAUCUUGAAAGCUUUAUCCCACAAACCCAACGUAAGUCUUAA